CUUUCUUUAACUAUUUUAAGGAUUUAGCGGAUCGUCAAAACACGGAAAGCAGACGAACGCAGCAAUAAAGUUAAUUCCGUUUUCACGUGGUCCUGGCAUAAUGGCAGAAAUACUUUUAAGUGAAGCUGAAAAAGCAUUUAUUCAUCAUGGGGUACAGGAUGACUUACGAUGUGAUGGCAGGACAAGAUUAGAUUAUCGUCCCAUAAUCCUUGAGACUGGUUUGGUUUCUAAUGCCAGUGGCUCAUCAAGGCUUAGACUUGCCAACUCAGAUGUUCUUGUGGGGGUCAAAGUAGAAUUAGCUUCACCUUUACCUGAAAAACCUUUGGAAGGAAGGCUGGAAUUCUUUGUGGACUGUUCAGCAAAUGCAACUCCUGAGUUUGAGGGAAGAGGUGGUGAAGACUUGGCAAAUGAAAUUUGCAGAUUUUUGCAGAUGUCUUACAUGUCAGGAGAUACAAUAAAUUUAGCAGAACUCUCUGUUUUGGCUGGCCAACAGUGUUGGGUCUUAUAUGUUGACAUAUUGAUUCUUGAAUGCGGUGGAAACCUGUAUGACACAGUGUCAUUGGCCGUAAAAUCUGCUCUUUACACGACGCAAAUUCCGUCCAUUAAAGUAGCAACCAUGGAUGGAGAUCAACCUGAAUUAGAACUGUCCGAAGAUCCUUACGAUACUAAGAGAUUAAACACGCAGAACGUGCCAUGUCUUGUAACGCUGAUGAAAAUUGGAAACCAUUACCUUGUUGAUCCGACACCCGAAGAAGAAUGCUGCAGUUCUUCGGGGGUUGUCGUUGCAGUAUCUGGUACCAAGAAGAUCACGGCCGUUAGGAAAAUCGGCUCUGGAAGCUUACAUCCAGAAAGCCUAGUGUCAAUGCUUAAAACAGCCAGCGAAGUGGGUGCGGUUGUUAACAAGAUUCUUAUGAAGACGCUAUUGGAAGAAGAAAGGGCGGGGAAAACCCAAAAAGUGGGUUUCAUGCGGUGAACUUCACCUACUGUAAGAAGUUUGUAUGAUUGAAAUCUGUUCAACAAUAUUUUUGAAAUUACAAGUUUCACGUUAAAUUUC